AUGGAUGGGCCUAAUCAUAUCCCUCGUGAAAGCUUUGGAUCACUGGCUGAUGAGAUGGCCGACAGUGAGCGCAGUGAGGUGAUGCAGCUUCGAUUAGAGAAUCGCAAAUUGCGAGCUCAUCUCGACUCAACAGAAAGCUCUAUGGUUGCAUCAGCUGAGCUUGAGCAGCUCAAAGCUGAGUUGGAGGAACGAGAAAGGCAACUAUCAGAGAAUCGUGCCGAGCAUGAACUUGUGCAGCGACAGGUGCAAAGUUUAGAAGAGGCUAUAACGCAGUUAAAUCAGGAAAUCGUCGAGACGAAUGCCGAUCGAGAAAAAUUGCGAACAGAGCGGGACGAGUCGGUAAUGUCGUUAAUUGAUGCUCGAAAGAAAUUCGCUCAGUUCCAGACUGAAUUUGGCAGGAAAUUCGAGCAGGAGGCGCAAACAAAGGCAAGUUUUCGAUUCUUCUCGAAAGAUUCUUGA